AUGAAAUCUGCUUCUCCAGAAACAAAAGUUUGCAAUGUUUGUCGUACGGCUUACUAUACUUGGAAAAGUAACAAUGCUGAAUUUGGAAACAUUUUUUCACGAAUUGAAGAAGAAACGACUGAUGUUGAAGAAAUGAUCAAUAUGCAUUCGAAUGAAUCAAUAGAUAUGGAUCAAGGAUACUUAAGUAAUAGAACAUCUAGAUUAAUGCAAGCAUCAGAAUCAUUGAUGUAA